UCAACAUACAGCGUGUCUAACCACGGAAUGUCAUAUGACACAACAACAAAUGAUUGAAGACCUCAACCUGAAGCGAUAGUGUUUCACACCUCUCAAAUGCGGGGGAUAAGAGUCCACCACGCAUGCAGAGAAAACCGCAAUAAGAAGCGGUAUGGAAAACUGACAGACAGGAAACCAACCAAGGUUGAUUGCUAAGACAGUUUGCUGCUCGUGACUUCCCGAGCUUAUGUACUCCAUCCUCAUCAUAGUACUACUCCAAUGAUACGAACCGCCAUGACUGACCAUACCACCUACUAACAAGAGCAGCAAUAAGAUCCUCACCUCAGUCACCCUUGAAUACAUAUAUUCUGAACUUGAAUACAUUCUGCUAAACAGCGACUGACUCAAUGAUGACCCUACGACGCUCCGCUCGUCUAACCGCAGCGUCAGUGUCCAAGAACAACAGCACCACCACCACCAGCACUGUCCCGCAUCUGCAAUCCAGAACUCAAACAAAGAGAGCAGCCAGCAGAACCACAAAUGGUGUCUCGAAGACACGAAAGCCCGCAGCAGCAGCAAGGGGCAAGAAAGCGCAGCUAAAUGCGAAUCCCAAGCUAGACCAAGCUUCUCCCCUCACAGAUGCACCAACGACAUCAUCAUCGCACUCAAACAACAGCAUACAAUCACCUAAUACUACCACUACCACUACCACUACCACCACUACUAACAACAUCUGGGACCCCAUCCCCACCCCCAGCAGCAGAACGACCCCUCCCCCACUCGACCGACCCGUCGAACCGCACCACACCAACGCAACGCUCCUAACCCCCCACGGCUCAUCACUAGUCGCCUACCCCCCAGGCACAGAUGCAGACGCCUCUCCAAGCAAGACAGGCCGGCCCCGUCCCACCGCCACAACAGGCACGCUUCUCGAGCAAGCAGCCGCACACCUAAUCGCCACAGAUCCGCGCUUCGAAUCGCUCAUUAGCGAACAUCCCUGCCCAUUGUUCACACCGGAGGGUCUAGCCGAGGAGAUCGAUCCGUUUCGAAGUCUCGUUAGCAGUAUCAUUGGACAGCAGGUGUCCGGGGCAGCGGCGAAGUCGAUUCGGGAUAAGUUUGUGGCGUUGUUCAAUACCAAUAAUGAAAAGGGUCAGGAUGGUGGUACACUAAGAACAAGCUUCUUCCCCACCCCGGAAGAUAUCAUCAAAAAGGAUAUCACAACGCUCCGGACAGCAGGUUUGUCCCAGCGCAAGGCGGAAUACAUACAUGGGUUAUCGGAGAAGUUCGCCAACGGGGAACUGAGUGCCCGGAUGUUGUUGAAUGCUAGUGAUGAGGAGCUCGUGGAGAAGUUGACUGCUGUGAGGGGUCUGGGUAAAUGGUCUGUUGAGAUGUUUGCUUGUUUUGCUCUGAAGCGCAUAGAUGUGUUUUCCACGGGGGAUUUGGGUGUACAGUAUGUCCCUUUUUUCCAUUAUCUGAGGGUGGAGAUGGGUGGUGAUGGGUAGAUGCUGACUUGUUGCAGGAGAGGUUGUGCAGUGUUUGUGGGCAAGGAUGUAAACAAGUUGAAGGGAAAGGGUGGCGGUAAGUUCAAGUAUAUGCCUGAGAAGGAUAUGUUGGAGCUGGCGGCGAAGUUCGCUCCGUAUAGGAGCUUGUUCAUGUGGUAUAUGUGGCGGGUGACGGAUGUUAAUAUUGCUGUGUUGGGUGGGUAGAUACUACUUGAUAUAUACAGACAGGAUAUAGAUCCCAAACAUCCG